CAGUAUUACUGCUCCGUUUAACUAUAGUCUAGCUCAGGACCCUGGACCUCUCACUUGGGACUUUCCUCCUCCCUAGCUCUGGCUCCUGGUACCUGCCUGGCUGUCAUAGCAACAGCUUCCAGGGUGACAGAAGAGGGAGCUGGGUCUUGUGGGUAAGGCUUUUUGGACCACAGAGACUGCCCAGGCUGCAUCGAUCUAUCCAAGCUUUCUGUGUUCUUCCUCAGACUGAACUCACAUUUCCAUCCAGGCCAACGGGACCAUGUCCACCAGCCUGACCACUUGUGAGUGGAAAAAAGUCUUCUAUGAGAAGAUGGAGGUGGCAAAGCCAGCUGACAGCUGGGAACUCAUCAUAGACCCCAACCUCAAGCCCAAUGAACUGGGCCCGGGCUGGAAGCAGUACCUGGAACAGCAUGCCUCAGGCAGGUUCCACUGUUCCUGGUGCUGGCACACCUGGCAGUCCGCUAAUGUGGUCAUCCUCUUCCACAUGCACCUCGACCGUGCCCAGCGCGUUGGUUCGGUGCGCAUGCGCGUGUUCAAGCAGCUGUGCUACCAGUGCGGCACAGCCCGGCUGGACGAGUCCAGCAUGCUGGAGGAGAACAUCGAGGGCCUGGUGGACAACCUCAUCACCAGCCUGCGCGAGCAGUGCUACGACGAAGACGGUGGCCAGUACCGCAUCCACGUGGCCAGCCGGCCGGACAGCGGGCUGCACCGCGGCGAGUUCUGCGAGGCCUGCCAGGAAGGCAUCGUGCACUGGAAGCCUAGUGAGAAGCUGCUGGAAGAGGACGCCGCCUACACCGAGGCCUCCAAGAGGAAAGCCCAGGCCGGGUUUAUCUACAGCUUCUUCUCAUUUCGCUGGUGUCUGUUUUGGGGUGCCCUCUGCCUGGUUAUUGUCUAUCUGCAGUUCUUCCGAGGCCGCUCUGCCUUCCUUUAGGGGAACCGGUUAGGGGUGGGGAGAGGGGACACGGGGUUGAGAGCGAGAAGGACUCUGGUCUCCUGAUUCUGCCACAAGUUCAAUCUACGACUCCAGUCAUCUGCACCCUGCUCACUCGUCUACCAAACGAGGCGUCUGCACUAGGAGAUGCUCAGUGGUCCCUCUACUAAUUCGGCAGCAAUGAGGGGCAGGGAGGAGGGAUGGGAAUUUGGGGAGCUUGCUGGGCUUUGGUGUGAGUCCCAAGUCUACAGCGCUGUCUGGUCCACUUCAUUUCUCGCUCUGCCUCCACCUCCUCCAGCCCUCCGUUUGCUGUAUGUUCGUAGCCUUAGGUCUCACCUUGACCCUGUCACAUCCUCAUGCUCAUUUUCAGCUCCCUCUAAUUGUCCUGCAUGGCUCCCCUUGGAGACAGCAGGGCCACCCCCUGCCUUCCAUCCAGUACACAGGGACAGUCACCUAGUCCUCCUGGGGAUCCAGUUUCUACCAUUCUGAAAGGCUCAGGAUCUCACUCUGACACUAGGGCUGGGUUGAGAGUGGAGGUGGGGGUGGUGGAAGCAGGGGUGGAUUGGGGGGUUUGGAUGCUCAACGACACGUUGUCCCAUGGGUUAGCCAUUGACCAUAUGUGGCUGUUUCAACUUAAAUUAAUUAAAAUUGUUCCUUAGUAGUUCUAAGCUCAGUUAGGCUUACACAGAAUUUGUUCCCAUAGGGGCCAUUGCUCAAUGGCAGACAAGGGUGACUUCUAGGAAGAUGAACACGAAGGGUUUGGGCAUCGAGUGCUCCCCAGAGGACUUCCAUCCUCUCUGCUUUGUCUACCCUGGGAGCAUCAAGGCAACACUGAGUGGCAGGAUUGGGAGAAAGAGGCGCCAGGCUGCAUCUCUUGCUAAAAUGUGGCUUUUGUGUCUAGAAAUAGAUUGCCAAAAUUCUGUCAAGGGGAUAGGUCGUUUCUCAGAUGGUCAGAAAAGCUGGGGCAUUUGACCACGGCAUCAGAGGCAGGAAACACUUCGGACAUUGGAUGCAGGGCAAGGCAGCUAGUGCAGGUGAAGAGAAACAAGCAGGGACAUUGCCAGAGGAAACGCUUCUCCACCAGCUCGUUUUUCCUCAGUAAAUAAUGAUUCCGGCAUUUUCAUGUUUAACUGGAGAGAUCGUUCCCUGCCUUGGCAUCCACCCUCCCCCAACCACUGCAGUUUUUUUUUUUUUUAAAUCCUUUCAGAACUGAGGGAGUAGAUUAUAUUUGUUUCCAAGACUUGCUUCUUCUUUAAUUUGUGGAAACCUCAUUUUUAUGCCCCUGUAACAGCACGCCAUCCUUCACUACCAAAACAUUGGCUGCUUUUCUGUUUUUAUCUGCUUCAUGUGUCUGCAACAUUUUAUAGUCCUCCUUUUCUGUAAUUGUUUUGUUAACUGAAAAAGUGAGUUGUAAAAUAAAUCUCCAUUUCACACAUGAGGGAAAGUACAUGGUACCUUUUCACGUAGUCUAACUAAUUUAGCUUAAUAUGCUCUCCAGUCCCAUCCAUUUUCUAGUGAAUGAUAUUAUUUCAUUUUUCCUUGUGACUGACUAUAUCCCAUUGUAUACACAUUACAUAUUUUUUAUCUGUUGAUCUGUUAAUGGGUAUCUAGUCUGGUCUCAUAACUUGGCUAUUGUGAAUAGUGUCGUA